AUGUUGAAAUUUUUUCCAAUUUUCGUUAUCCUUGGCGCUGCAACUGUUCUCGCUUUACCAUUUGAUUCAUGUGGUACUGGACAGAGUGGUCUUUUCCCUGCAUUUGAUGGCAGUAGUCAAGACAGUUCAUCGGAAUAUAACAAUGCAAGUGACGUCAUUGACCAAGAUUUAAAAAAAUUCAUAGAAUCUGUGGAGCAAAUGAUCGAUAAUGAAUUGAAGAAAGUGAUGAAUCAAUCCUUGGAUAUUUGGAAAAAUGUAAAAGACCAAAUCAACUCAAUCGAAGACAAGGCAGAAAACGUUACUGAAAAUGUUGCGAAUAAUUUAGAAAAAGCUUUGGAUAAUGUUAAAGACAAAGUAGCCAAUAUUUUCGAUCUUAUCACAAAUAUCAUUCAAACUAAGUUAAAUGCGAUUAAUAAACUUUUGGUUUCUCAAAAGUUGAAUAAAGUAGGAUCGAACGUGCACGAGAAAUUUGAAGAAAUCGUUCAAAAGGGUCUUGAAAGUUUGAAGAACGCGAGUCAGAUUUCAAAUGAUAUAGUAAAGAAAGGUAAACAAGAAGCCUCCGAUAUUUUGCACGUAGUAACACAGAUCGCACUAAACGAAUUGAAAAAUAUUGAAAAGACCGGCUCGGAGAUUUUACAAAAUGUGGCACGAGAUAUCCAAUUAGCAGAAAAUGACGUAGCUGACAUUGUGGACGAUAUAAAGGAUACAUUGGAUAAUCUGUUGAACGGGACUAGAGAGAUUAUUAACGACGUUUCAGAAACGGUAAAAGAAAAGGUAGAUGAAAUCAGACAGAACGUUACUACAAUUGUAGACAAAGUGAAUCAGGUUAUAACCGACACGGUGUCCAAGAUCGAAUACGAAGUACAGUGCCUCUUGAACGAUAUCGAAAAAGAUGCUGCAGAGGUCUCAGACGAUGUAACCAAGGUCGUAGAUGAUUUGAAUAAAAAUCUAGGUCAAAUUGUUAAUGAAACCCUUGAUACUUUGAGAAAAGUUGAAGAAACCGCUGAAAACUUAGUUGAACAAACCAAGGAGAAUUUUUCUCAACUUGUAAAACAAUUAGGUGAAACUGUUUCAGAUGUACAUAACGAUGCGAAGGAUAUUGUAUCAACGAUUGUUAAUAAUGUCAAAAAUGGUAUUAAAAGUAUUACAUCCGGUAUUAGCACGUUUUCGCAAAAUGUGACACAACUAAUUACAUAUGACGUAAAACAAAUAGAACAACAAAUUUCCAAUAUAGUAUCCGAUGUUGCGAACAAAGCGCAACAACAACUUACGGUCUUAUUGAAUGGAACAAUUUUGCAAAACGAAAAUAUUAUUGGAAAGAAAAUUGCGAAAAUCGUUAAGGCUAUUACCGCAGUACUUGGCAAUGUGGAGAGCAACGUAAAUAAUAUUUUGAAAAAUGCUACAGAAGAAACUAAUGAACUUUUGUACAACGUAACAGAAACUAUAGAAAACACAGCACACGAAAUUGUGCAGAAGUCGGCUCAAGUUUUAACGAAAGAUGUAACCGAUAUUUUAAAUGACAUAUUGUCUGCAUCAAAUAAAAGAACCAACAACUUUUUGAAUCUUACCCAAAAAAUUAUUCAUGAUAUAAUUAAUCAAGUUGAAGAUGAAUUUUCCAAUCUCUUCAAUAAUAUUAAAAAUAUAACAAUGGUGUCAAAAGAAGAUAAAAAUGUCGGUAGUCACGUUGUGACAGUUUUGACGAAUAUAACUAACAAUAUUUUAAAAAGCUCUGGAUGUUUAAUAAACAAUGUAUUGAAGAACGUUCAUAAAACCAUUGCUAUAAUUAUCAGUAACACUAACCAAAUUGUUAAAAAUGCACUUACAACAGUUGGAAAUAUCAAUUCUGCUAUUCUUGAUGAAGUAAGAUUCUCGAUUGGAAAUGGACUGAAAAACGUAGAUAAUGGUAUAAAUAACAUAUUCGAUGGAAUUGAUAAUUCAGUUCAUAAUAUCGGAAAUAUUAUUGGAGAUGUUAUAGGUGAUGCAACUGAUACAGUAUCUAAUGUAAAAAAUGGGUUUGACAGUCUUGUUCAUGGUUUCAAGCUUCCAUUUGGUAUCUAA